ACGUGCCAAAUGCAUUUAUAAUUGUUGUGUGCGCGCUCCAAGAGCUUACUUAUAUAUUAACGACUGCUGACACCAACCGACAUGAGGCUGGCGGUGGGCGUGCUUGCUGCUUCGGUCGUUUUGCUGGCCGCUAACGACUGCUGUGCCAAACCGACCAAAUUCGCAAAUCGCAGAGGAUUGCUGGAAGACAUUACCGAAUUCAUAAAUUUGGUCCCUCUUGAGAAAAUUGAGACGGUGAUAAAGCAAUGGAUCAACAAGGAUCCCAGCGUCAACGCAGCUUUUAAAUUCUUGGAUUCCGGUCGCUACAAGGAAAUCAUUGAUCAAGGAAGUCGUGUUUCCGAAUUCAAAAAUUAUCUCGACUUUUUGGAAAAGUCGCGGGCUCCUGCCCACGAUCUUUGGAACUUCUACAGAUUACUCAUUGGACUGGACCCUUUAAAGCAGCUGGCGAAACAAACGCCACCGACGCUAAGAACAAUAGACGCUGCUCCGUUGCUGCAGAUGGUUGAUGAAUGCCUUGAGCAGAUCGAUAAGCAGCAGUUUGAGGACCUUUACAAUCGAAAGAUAGAGGAGAGCGAGGAUUUCAAGUAUUUCGUGGACAGGAUGGACACCAAGGAGCAUAUUAAUGUUCGAAACGCGCUGAGGGAGAGCGCAGAAUUUAAGGAAAUCGUCAGCGAGCUUCUCUCCAACGGAAUCGACAUGUAUGGUGUUUUCAAGAAGAUUUUUAGAUUCUUCUUUCCAGGUGGAAUUCCUCACUCCUCACUAACUCUGUUUCCAUGAAAGAGAAGACAACUCUUCUUUUAGCGAUUUGAAUGUCAAGGAAAUAUUUAAAUCUGACAGGAGAAAAGAAGCAAACAAUAAUUUUGUACAGCCUGUGUAAAAAAUGAUGGACACAUAAAUAAAGUGUUGUGCGUUUGAAAGAAA